AUGACUACAGAAAAAGUAAAGAGAGCAAAUGUAUCUUGUAAGCUCUGUUUCAGAAAGAAUAGCAUAAACGUUGAAAGAGAAUGUGCUAAAUUAGGUCUACAGGAACAGGCAAACAAAAUGGUUUCAUUGUCUCAUUUGAAAUUUCCCUGUGUUGAAAUUGGUACUAACGCUUUAGUUAGAGUUCCUGAAGUUGAUAGAGGACGUGCAGCACCCAGGAAUGUUAUGUGUGUUGUUAUGAGCAUUAAUCCAUCAGGUCUCUACCAGUUAGGAAACAAGGAAGGUACACUCGAUAUACUUUAUGCACAUAAUGAAUUUACACUUUCUGAAACCAACUUUAUUAACAUUUGUGAUGUGCCCUCAACUUCAUCGUUAACACUUCGCUCGGCAUCUAUGUUAUCGUCUGGAAGUAAGCAAGGAACGACACCCCACCAUCGAUGGUACGCGGCGGCAGCUGGAGCCGGAGGCGCGGGAGGCGUGGGCGCGGCAGGCGGCGAGAGCACACCCAGCACGCCGGGAGGCGGCACGGAGCGGCGCCGCCGGCUGUCGGGCUCGGGCUCGUCGCGCUCCGAGUCCAGCUCGCCGGAGCCCAGCGACACGUCGCGCGCCUCCACGCCCGCCGCGCACCACCAGCACCACACUGCGAGGCGCACGCCGCCGCCGCAUCCUCAUCAGUGGCCUUCUACUGCCAACGGAAGACCUUUGGCGAUUUGCGUACGGAAUUUGCCGACAAGAUCGACCGAUAGUUCACUAAAAGAUGGUCUUUAUCAUGAAUAUAAAAAACAUGGAAAAGUGGUGUGGGUUAAAGUGGUCGGUCAGAAUGCUGAUCGGUACGCGGUUGUCCGUUUCAAAAAGCCGUCCGACGUAGAAAAGGCGCUCGAAGUGUCUCAAGAUAAACUUUUUUUUGGUUGCAAGAUCUCAGUGGCACCUCACCAAAGUUGCGACGAUGAUGCGGAGUCGGCGAAACCUUAUGAGACUGAUAUCGAUGAAUACCAUCCGAAGGCAACUAGGACGUUAUUUAUCGGAAACUUAGAAAAAGAUGUAACGCAACAACAAUUAAGAGAUAAGUUCAAACACUUUGGACGUAUAAUAGAAAUCGAUAUAAAAAAAGGGAGUGGAGGGGGUGCAGGAUAUGCUUUUUGUCAAUACGCGUCAAUAUCCAGCGUGGUAGAAGCCAUUCGUGCAAUGGACGGCGAGUAUGUUGGCAGUUCGCGGGUCAAAUUAGGAUUCGGAAAACCUGUCGCCACUACUUGCGUUUGGGUCGAUGGACUUACGGAACACACGGAAAAACAGGUGCUGGGAGCGGUGUCGCGCUGCGGCGCGGCCACGUCAGUGUGCGUGGACCGCGCGGCGGGUGCGGCGCUCGUGCACUUCGAGCAGGCGGCGGCGGCGGGCGGCGCCGUGCGCGAGCUGCGCCGCGUGGCCGCGCAGCUGUCCGCCGCCGAGCCCGACCACCCGCGCCUCUGCGUCGACUACGCCUCGCGCGAGUGCCAGGAAGCUUUUUAUGAACAGUUAGAAAAGCAUGGCGGAUCGGCAGCAUUAGCGGGCACAGAAAGAGUGAUCAGUGAUAUACCUGGUCGUUUCUUACCGGCAACGAGACAUGAAUCUAUAAGGUACGAGCCGGGAGGCACCCGAUCUCGAGCACCAAGCUUUAGUCGUGCGUCCUCGAGAACGCCUCGGUAUAAUACUCACGAUCAUUAUGAUCCCGCGGAUUACGCUGCUGAUCGACGAUACAGGGUAUAUGAAGAAUUAGGCUCAAGUCCACAAACAGAUGAAGCAACAUAUGAAGAUCGACUCCAAUCCGUCGUUGUGUCGCCUCACCGCGCACAUAAACAUCGGCGUGAUUCUAGCCCCGAAGAAAGAAAACUUUCAAAGGAAAGACAUCGUAGUGCUGGUGGUGGUUCGCGGAGAUCGCGUUCUGGUUCACGCGGUCAUAUAUCUCGACGGAGACAUAGACGGCGUCGCGAUGAGUCUGGGUCACGGGGCUCGCGGACCUCUCGAGCCGGCACUCCACUGCGGGACGAGCCGGACGCUCCACCCACCGAGCCGCGGCGUCCACCGCGGGAACGACCGCCUCUACCCAUGAGUCUGCCACUUCCAAAGUUCGCCGUGCAGCUGCUACGCGCCGCCCCGGCGCAGCCACGCUCGUUGCCCCCGGCGCCGGCCUCGCCUCCCCGCCCGCCCUCCGCUUCGUCCUCCAGCGGGGGCUCGGCGCCGCACUCUCCGUCACUUGAGGAGCGCAUUCGUUCUCUCGAUGAGAAGUAUGAGCGGUGGACGGGCUCGCGCGCUCAUGCCGACGCUCCUGAUCGAGCACGUCUUCGGCACCGUUUGCUAGAACUCGAUGUUAAUGAAGUCAAACCCUCGGAAGUAGUACUCUCGUUACUCGCCAAACGUUCCGUUUUCGACGAGGACUCGGAAAGAUUAGAAGGGGCCGCGCGGGCCCCGAGUCCUGCGAGUAGUCCACACUCUUUGACGACAACGGUUCCGCGUGUACUUCGUUAUCCUUUUCCUGUGCACUUCGUGUCUACCUCGGCAGUCGCUGGUACCACUAUUACGACGUCUGACAGUAAUAAUAUUUCGCUACCAGAGUCUGAGGAGAUGGAACGUAUACAUUCUACUUCUAUUGACAGAGUAAACAAAUAUCCUGAAAUUGAAAAUUUACAUGAAUCGCGAUUGAGGAUAAGAACACCAUCGACUGAUAGAACGGCGUUAGAUUUUAUUGAGAAGAAAUCAUCGCCAUCGAUCGAAAGAAAUCGACUUGAACCGGAUAGUGAUCAUGAAAUAAAUGACAGCAAAAGAAGGAAUUCGUCAAUUUUUAAUAUUGAGGAAAGUAAACCUUUUAUUAGCGCGGGUGGUUUUGAUAAAACAAAUCUGGAUAGAUCAUUAGAACAUAAUGUUAAUUCGGAAUUUCAAGAACAAACAGCGGAAAAAAAUAUUCUGAAAGAAAAUCGUGGCAGUUGUGAGGAUAAAUUACCCACGAUUAAGAAAGAAGAUAAUGUGGAAGAGAAGAGUUUUCAUAAGACCAAUGACACGAUUAUAGCUAAGUAUGAAAGAAAUUGCUUUCGCGAUGAAAUUAAACUACGGAAUCAGGAAGUUAUAAAACAAGAGACAAAACAGGUAGACAUUCAAUUCAAUCAGCACGAAAAGUAUAUCUUCAAAAACGAAUAUGACUCAAAAACGGAAUCAAUCAUCCAAGAAGAUAUUAAACAACAAUUAGAACAAGAAAGUAAAUUGCAUGAAUCAAGUUUUCGAAUGAAAAAAGAAAUUGAACGAUGCAAAGAAAAGUCAUUUCAGAACCAUGUAACUAAAGAAACGAUAUCAUAUAAAGUACACACAGCCAAUCAUCUAAAUGCUAUAAAUUAUGUUGGAUUAAUGAAAAAGAAUUCAGAACCGAAUCAAGAUAAUAGGCAUAACGAUAAAAAUGUUAAAGAAAAAUGUGAAGGAAGUACAUUUGCUUUACAAGAAGAUAAAACUGGAAAAGAGAAUAUUGAUUGUAUCAGAUCUCUAGAGGAAUCUAAAGUUACUAGUAACCUAUUGUUUUCGCCUGAUCGAACUGUAACAGAAAAUGAUAAAAUACAGGAAGACAGUAAUAAAAGUGAUCGUGAUAAAAUAAAAAACAGAGAUCGCAAUGAUAAAGAAAUUGAAAAAGAAAGAUCUAAAAGUAACAAAAGUUGUAAAGUUGACAGAAUAGAUAAGGACCGCAAAACAAAAGAAGAACUUAUAAAUGUAAAAUUGAACAUUGAGAAAGUCGAUAAGAUUAAGAUUGAAAAAGAAAGUGAAAAGAUGACUGAAAAAGCUGACAAACCAAAACAUAAUGACGAAAAGGGUUCUCGUCAUGAAAAUCACAAAAAAGAGAAAGUUGAAAGAGAAAGAAAAAGAGAUCUUAUUGAAGUAGACAUAUUAACCAAGGGAUUAAAACGAGAAGAAAAGCAUAAACAUGAUAGAUCGCGAAAAGAUAGCGACUCUAAACGAGAAAUAAAAAAGGAAAACGACGCUUCUAAAAGUCGAAAAAGUUCUCGGGAUGAAUCUUCUAGAGAUAUUUGUCGAAAAGAUUCAACAGAUUCUACGACAUCGCGAGCAUCACACGAUUCUUCGAAAUCAAAAGAUUUAGAGAUAGAUGACUCUAAAUCUAGGAUUAAGAGUACUGAUGUAUCUCAUAAAUAUGACGUUGAUAGAGAAGUAACGAAGACUCAUGAUAAUAAACUGGAUAAUAAAUUAAAAAUUAAAGAAGAAAAAGACUUCAGAGAAAAACAUUUCAUUCACAAAGUAAAAGAAGAAAAAGAAUCUGAUGAACAUAAUUAUAAAAAUAAAAUCGAUACUUAUUUAGAUGGUAGUGCAAAAAGUAAAUCUGAUGUUUCUGAAAAACAAAGACAUUAUUCUGUAGAUUCGCCUAGUGUCGAUUCAAAACGCAAAGAACGACUUAAUUCAUGUUCAAGUUUACCUUCUCAUAUAGGGCAUAAACGAAGAAUGUCAUCGCAAGAUAGCAUGGAUUGUCUGAAUGAAGAUGUUAAGAAAAGUCGUCAAUUAGAACGUCGUGAAUCUAAAGAUUCAAAGAGCAUAGAAAGACAUAAGACUACUAAAUUUAGUAAAGGCCAUUUCGCUAAAAUAAUUGAAAGCAAAACAAAAGAUGACAAGAAAAAUCAAGUUAAACCACCAGAUGAUUUGUUUCUUAGUAUUAAGGGCAAUGAAAAUAAAGACAUUGACAAAAAUAAGACUGGAAAAAAGAGCCCUUCACAGGGAAAUGAAGAAAAGUCUGUUUUGAGCUCUGAUGCAUCGUCGGAAUCUAUACAAAAUAAUAUUGAUUUUCUCGCCACAUUAGAAUUGAGAUCGAGCGAAGAAGAUGAAAGGCAAAAAGCUAUGAGAAAAGAAAUGAAAGAAAAGAAACGCAUUCAGCAGUUACAGCAAAUACAAGAACUUCAAAUGCAGCAAGAUGCUUUACAACAAGCUGAACUUAGCCACAAAAUAAAAGACGAGAGAAAGGUCAAGAACGAGGACAAGAAAAAAGAAUGUGCUCGUGAAAAACGAAUGUCUACUGAUCGUAAAAGUAAAGACGAAAGAAAUGAUCCAAAUAAAAGACGAAAUAGAAAACAAGUUCAGAGUACAGAUACUUCAGAUUCUGAUGAACCUAAAAAGCAUUCAAUUUUCGAUAUUAUUGACGAUGAGCCAACAUAUAUUUCCAUGUAUGACAAAGUUAAAGCUAGAUCAUGUAAGAAUAUGCAAAAGCAAGAAGAAGAAAAAAGACAAGAAAAAAUUAAAGCUAAGUUUAGUCAGUUAAAACAAAGCAGGGCUAAACGAGAAGAAAAGAAAAGGUCAAGUUGGGAUGAAGAUAGUGACUCAGACAAUGAACGGCGUAAAUCUCACAAAGCAUCAAUGGAUAGCUCUUCCGAUGAUGAUCAAAUAGUUGUACAAAGCAAAAGACGUGAAAAAUCUCAUGGCUCUAGUCUUGACUAUGGUCGUAGUAGAACAAACGAAUAUUAUGAUGCAGGGAGUAAUGAAGAAGAUUCUCGUAAUAAACUAUCUCGUAAAAAUUCUAGAACACGAAUUAUGUCUGAUACAUCCGACGAUGAAAAUAAUAAACGUAAUAUAAACAGGAGCCCUUCUUUUAUUGAUAAAAUAAAAAAGGAAAUUAUUUCAGAUUCCGAAUCAUCCCAAAAAUGUAAAGACGCCGAGCUUCAAGAAGCGAGCGAUGAUAAAGUGAAGAAAACAUCUCUUUUAAAUUUGUUUGGAAAAAGUGACAGUGAAGAUAAUAGAAUGAAGUCGAGUAUAGACAUUGAAAGUGAUUACAGAAUGUCUUUUGCAAAAAGUUAUCCUAAUGAUAUAUCGUCUGAAAAUGAAUCUAUACCGCCAAAUAGAAACAUAUCUGAGCUACGCAAAAAGCAUAAGAAAAAACAGAAAAAGUAUAAGUUUUCAUUUUCAGAUGAUGAUACUAAACUUGACAAUGCGCAUGAAACUUCCGAAAUAGAUACCAAACACAAAAUUUCCGACAAAAGUCGUCGUCACAGUAAUAGGAAAGAAAAGCGAAAAGAUAAAAUUCGGGAAAGCAUUGAUACCGAUGAAAUACGUGAUGAUAAAAUGAAAGUAAAGAAAGAGAGAUGUUCGCCGAAUCAAUCGUAUGAUAUCGUUACUGAAGCAGUUUCCAAUAAUAACAAAAAAGAAGGCAAGAUGGAGGAUAUAUUUGGUCCUCUCUCAGAUGAGUCUGACAGAGAUUCUGGAAACGUAAGCACUAAAACGGAUGCUCUACCUUUAGAUUUUGAGACGCAAAUAAGUAAUUCUAAUGAAAAACCAAUGACAAACAAUGAUGAAAUAAAAAUAAAAGAAAAGGAUGACAUUAGGCGGAAGAGAGAAAAGAAACGAAAAGACAAAAGACAUUUCGUUAAGGACGACGAUAAUAGCUUAGAUGUUGAUGCUGUUAGUAAGGCAAUUGAAGCUCGAUUGUUUGCGGAUACUUCAAAUAUAGAUGAAAGCCGUCCUAAAUCGGAUAACAUAUCUGAUUUUGUUUCUCAAACUUCAGAAUUGGAUCUUAAAUACCGUGAUAUACACUUCAAGAGGGAAUCUUUGUCUUUUAAUAAGUAUAGUGAUAAAAGCAGAAAAGAAUCGAGAGAGAAAAAGAAAAAGAAAAAGAAGAACAGGGAAGAUAGACAAAGUAGAAAGGAACAUCAUCACGGCUACCAUCACGAGAAAAUUCAAAAAUUGGAUGGUAACUAUACUAUAUAUACAGAAAACAAUCCCCAAUUAUCACCGAAAACAAUGCUACUAGAUAUACCAUUGCCGAAUGAUAUACAGAAGGUAGAAUUGACAGAUAAAUCAGAUGACAGCAAGUCUCUUUCUGAAUCGCCAAGUCUACCUAGGAUAACAGAUAGCCCACCAUUCCUGAUUCAAUCGGAUGAAAAUAAUGACACGAAAGUUAAUGUACGUGACACCUCCUGUCGGUUAGUAGUAGAUGAUGAGAUUGACAUCGAUUAUGAUUUAACAAGAAACAUCGAGGUAAAUGAUAUUCCGAUGCCACCUCCAAUAGAUAAUAUUGUACAAGAUAUUAGUGAAGUACCAUUACCCAAAGAUCCACCACUUAAUAUUGAAACUAACCAACAGAGUGCUUUAAAGUCUUUUAAUGUUGAAAUUGAAGUAGAUACUGAUGUCAAAAUGAGUGAAGAGGCUGUGCGAAGUAUACCUGAUCUAGAAAAAGAAACUGAGAAACAGUCUGAAAAAAUCAUAAAUGAUUCACAUUGUAAAGCUGAAAAGAAAAUUGAAGAAAAACCUCGAGCGGUCAUUUCUCAAGAAGAAACUGAGGAUGCCGUGGCUGCACUGUUAGGGGAAAGUUUUGGUGGCAAAGCCAAUACUUUUGACGAUUGUUACGAAGAAGUGGAGAAUAAUACGGUACAUCAAAUUGAAAUUGAAAAUACGCCUACAGAAAAUGAAGUUAUUCCUGAAGAAGAUGCAGAAGAAAUGAGACAAGCAGUUCAAAAUUUGAAUGCAAGUGAAAUGGAGAUAAAACCUGCCACACCCCUUUCUGAUAAUGAUUUGCUUUUAAUUGAUACUGAUACUGAAGAAACUGAAGACAUAAAUCAAGAAGCCAUUGAAAGAUUACCAGUUAAUGUAACAACCAAUCAAAACCUUAAUAAUAAUACAAAAAUCAGUAUAGCUCAAACUACAGAAGCUUCCAGUAUUAUUGUCACAAAGCCGAAAACCAAUAUAGUACAAGCGGUAACAAAAGAAUCCACUGAUGUUUCUAAAAAGUCAAUUGAAGAUAAGAUAAAGCCGACUACGACAAAAUCGGAAAUUAUCCAACAGAUAACAUCUACAGCUACUCCAGUCAUUACAUCUUGGACCUUAUCGAAUAAUAAAUUGACAGAACCACAUCUGCUUAAUAUCCCUAGUUCUACAGCUAACAGAGAUAGUAGUGAAAACAAGCCCACUCACAUAACAGCCAAUAUUGUUCAGAUAAAAACUCCGCAAAAUCAAAAUGUGCAAAUAAAUAAUUCUCUGAGGCCUAUUAUAAAUCCGAGUAGGGUCAAUCCCCCAUACCAAGUUAUAAAUCAGAUGAUUAGACCUCAAAUACCUAGUAUUCAACCACCUACAAUAAAAAUUCCGGACUCUCACAUUAUUUACCAGAAACCUCAGGGAAUUGUUAUUUCACCUAGAAUGUCCAAUGAACCAAUACUACUUAGCCCAAAAACGAGUCAACAAUCAGAAAGUAUGACAUCACCACGCUUAACAAAUAUGGCUAUAUUAAGCACAUCGUCUCAAAAUAUCAAUUCAGUUGGAUUGGCCUCUCCGACUGCUCUACAACAAAGAUCUCCAGGUCAAGUUACUGUAGUAAGAAUGCAACAACCGCCACUUAGCCCUAUACAAACUAUGCAUAUUCCUCAUGGAGCUAGAACAAUGGUUUCCCCAAAUAGACCAAAUUCAGUAUUGGUUCAAACACAAGGAGCUCCAAUACAUUUCAACAGAUUACCUGUGACUCCGGUUCUUGCGCCGAUUUCUAAACAAAUAAAUCCUAACAAUGUGAUUCAACAAUCAAAACCAAGCGCAGUGAAUAAUGCACACUUAAUCCAACAGCAAAAAAAUUCAGGAGAAUGCAGAAAAUCUGAGAAUAUUGUCGAAUCGGCUAAAGUUAUUUUGUCUCCAACUCGUCUACCAUCAUCUGGAAAUCAUACAAUUAUGACACAAAACCGUCUUAUACCAAUGCAGAAUGCGUUACAUGUCAGUAAUAUUAAUUCGGCCUUACAUCUUUCUAAUAAAGUGUUAAUGAGUAACAAGUCUCAACUAAUCGAAAAAAGAGAAAAUCAAGUUAAUAAAUCUGAACAUAAUCACGUAUCUUUACCUCUUCCACCUUCUCCUAUUAUACAUGUGGCCAAUGUCUCUCACUCAACAUCUUCUAUAAUUCAGGGUGCAGUUAAAUCGAAUAUGUGCAAUUUCCAAGAAACUCCUGUAAAUAGAGGACUUGGAUCAAAUGUGAUUCAUAGUAUUAACUCACAAAGACUAUUGACGACAAGUCCUAUAACAAAUGUUCUUCAUUUGGAUGCAAACAAAGGUUCACCGUCUGUAUUGUCUAUGGCUUCAACUAAACCACCGUGUACAUUAAGUAAAUCAGAUUCAUCAAAUUCUGUUGUAGUAACAACUUCAAGCCUUGCUAAUGUUGUCAUGACUCCCCUGUUACUCAAAAGUCCAAGUCCAAAAGCACCAAUACGCUUACACUCAAGAAGUGAAAGCGACCAUACUGAAAAUAACGUAUCAAUGUCGUUACUUAGUCAUUCUCAGCGCGAUCUUGAUUCGCAGCUAGGUGAUAAAAAUGUUGAAACUAGUAAAGAUUCCGGUUAUGACAAUUCAGUAUCAGCACCACCAUCAACCUCUCCUGUCGAAAGUAUAGGAAAAUGCGAAACAGAUUUUGAAGAAUUAUUGAAAGAUAAUACGAAUGAAAUUAAAUUAAGUAAUGAUCCAGAUAAGAAAGUAGAAAUAAAUGUCGGUAAAACUAUUACUUUAAUCGCUCAAAGUACGGAUAAAAAAGAAAAUAUUGACAUUGGGAUUACAGAAAAGGAAGAAAAUCCGGCACUAAUAUCGAAGCCGCUAGGUCAAGAAUUAACCAAAAUAAAUAGUGAAAAUGAUUAUUCAUUACCAAUAAUAGAAAAGCAAGAAAAUAAUUUAAUAGAAAAUGAUCUAAAAGUUGUGAAAGAAGAAAAGCCUGAUGACAGUGUAUCUACUAUAAAAGACAAAGAUGACAAAAUUAGCCCUUCAUAUGAAAUAAAUGACAGUACCAGAAACCCAGAUAGCAGAGAAAAUAAAGAACAAUUCUUUGCGUUGCUAACUCCAAAUCAAAAUGCUACUAACGAAAUAAAAAGUUUAGAGGAGAGUGAUUAUUGGACAGCUAAAGAUGUUAACAUUGAGUCAGUAAUUAAAAAAGUCGAUUCUUUAUGUAAUGAUAACCCAGAUGAAAACAAAGUUGAUAUAAAAAACGUAAGUACUCUGGUCACAAAAGAAGAAAAUAAAGUGAAAACUGAAACAGAUGUGCCAAUUACAUCGGUUAGCGAAAGGGAAUUAAAUACAGUUGAAACUCCAAAAUUCGAAUCUACAGAUGAAGAAAAUAAAUUGGAAGUCUUCCCUACAGAAAGUAACUUUACCGAAGAACAUUUUGUAGAAAAAAACACUACCAUCGGAAAAAGGGGCGGCCGUAAUGGCCGAGGAAAAAGAUCAGACAAAAAUCAAGAUAGAAUACAGACUCGUCAAAUAGCAAAACCGUCCAGAGGAACUUCAAAACGCGGUAGGGGGAGGCUAAAAGUCGAUAAAAAAGUAAAAAAUUUAGUUAGUAGAAACUUAAACAAUAUGCCUGGUGAUGUAUAUGAUUUUCAUGAAGAUUCUGGCGAUGAAACUGUCACUUCUCCUAACAAAAAUGAAGUAAGACCUCGCCUAAUUUUGACAAUAAAAAGUCCUCUUUCCGGUCAUUCUAACGCCAUUCCAACAUCAACUCUCAGUAUAACACAGAAAGACCAAUUAAAAAGUACGGAAAAGUCUAAAGAGGAGAAAAGUGAAGUUUUUGCCUCACCAUCGACAAAUACUCGAAAAUCCAGAAGACUACAAGAGAAGGACAUCCAACGAAGUACAGUUGAUGAUAUAAUCGACGAUGUAAUCAAAAGUUCCACGGGACAAUACAAAAAUAAAGAAAGUAAUAAAAAAAGAUCUACUAGGCAAACCGGUGCUAAAACGAAUGUUGAUAAAGUGUCACAAAGUGAUACAAGAAAAUCUCCAAGAGGCGUAAAAAGAUUAAGAGAUAGAAGUCUGUCUGAUGCCUCAUUAGAUAGUAGCGAUGAAAAUGUUAAGAGGGAUGAUGGAGUUAAGGAAGCUAAAAUUUUGAAGUUAGUCGAACCCGUCAAUGCCGUGAAGGUCGACACAGAGACUACAAUGAAAAUAACAUCGACCACUACAACUGUCGCCGUUCCACCUUCUGUCAACACGACACCAAUAAUGAAACCGCCCAAGAAAAUGAUAUCGGAAAUUAGCGCUAAACUAGCGAGCGCCUUCGAAGCGGCCGCAAACGCAACGAAUCGAGUCAGUGGCGGUUCGCCGAUCGUCCACGAGCGGCCACCGUUACCUGCCGAAAUGGAACGGCUCAUACCCGCCGUCGACCCGUUCCCCACGGUUCCCUGUGAAGUCGACGCAGCGGACGCCGGCUACGUGCGCCGCAUUGUCGACAACGUACCGUCAAAUAUGAUGCCGGUCGGUGCCACCGAGGCGACAGACGCUCGCGUGCAGUCGCCCGCUUUGCCACAUCGACCGCCUUCCGCUCAUCAUCCACCCGACCGUGCUACACCUAUCCUCGUAAGAGGGGGCGAAGGAGAUGGUGGUGCGGCGGGCGCGCUGGGCGGCGUGGCGGGCGCGUCGCGCGGCUUCCGCGGCGCGUACCCCGGGCCCGCCAGCCUGCCGCGCGGCGCGCACCACCCGCACUCCAAGCAGGUCGCCGUCGUCGGCCCGCAACAUCAUCCGGGAUCUCGAGUUACCAUUACGAGCGUGCCUUCGAUCAGUCCUCAAGGCCAAAUGUCAUUGGGCGAAGGAAUGUAUCCUCAUUUUUCACACCAUCACUAUCAGAUGUAUCAACAGCAUUUUCGUGCUACACAGUACGAAAACAACCUGCCCACACCCACGUCUUUUACACGAGGCGCGCUGGAGGCGGAGGGCUCGGAGGCUCCGACGUCGCCGCUGGAGCUGCGCCGGCCGCCCACCGCGCGCGUGCCGCGCCCCGCGCACUCGCCCUCGCCGCUGCCGCACGAGCGACACAUCAUGUACGGCGUGCGCUGCGGGCGCUCGCCGCCGCCGGCGCACGGCACGUCGCGGCCGGCCGCCGCGCUGCCGCCGCCCGGCCCGCCCGGCCCGCCGCACGCCUCGCAGGUGCCGCGCGAGGCCGACUCGCUGCAGAUGCUGCUCCGGCGGUAUCCUGUCAUGUGGCAAGGACUACUGGCUCUGAAGAACGACUCGGCGGCGGUACAGAUGCACUUCGUUGGCGGAAACCCCGGCGUGGCGGCCGACGCGCUGUCGCGCAACUCGGACGGCACGGCCGCGUCGCUGCUGCGUAUCGCGCAGCGCAUGCGCCUCGAGCCUGCACAACUCGACCAGGUCCAUCGUAAGAUGAAGGUACGACACGUUUUAUUACACCGCAUUACCUAAUCUCGUUCCACUAAAUUAAACGUCGAAUCCUCUAGACCCAUCUAAUAGAAAGAAUAUUUACACCGUAAAAGUGAUUUUUUAAAAGAUUUUAUUUAACUUGCAAUGUUAAUAACCUUUGACAAUGGUAAAAAAUGAAA